CUCUCAGUCUUUGUACAUUUCUGUAGAAAGCUUCUCUCUCUAUUUCUCUGUGUGACGGUAAAGAGACGUGAACUAAUCCGUCUGUCAUCAUAUAGGAAGUAGAGGGAUUCGUCAGAAGAACUGUAGUUCAGAGUUCCAGCAGGACAGAAUGGAGUCCACCUUGAUCUGUGUGUUACUCUUGCUGAAUACACUCAUCAACUCUGGACACUCUGAAGAUGAUGAUGGAGUGUCGAAGGCUGUUCUGACCAUACACCCCAACAGCUCCCAGAUAUUCAGUGGAGAGUCUGUCACUCUCAGAUGUGUCAUACAGGGGGGAGGAGUCACUGACUGGGAGUACAGAUGGUUAACACCCAGUCCAGAUCAAUGUCCACAGAAAGAACAUGUAUGUAUUAUCAGUGCAGCUGAGUUUUCCCACAGUGGUGACUACAGAUGUCUGGGUUCACAUCAGCAGCAGGAUUCUAAAUGGAGUGAUGCAGUCAGACUGACAGUGACACCUCUGCCCAAAGCUACACUGACUGUAGAGCCAAAUCCUGUGUUUCCUGGAGAGACAGUUACUCUGACGUGUUCAGUAAGGUCUGACAGUAUCUGGAGCUAUCAGUGGUACAAAGAGAGGAAUGAUAAUGUAGUAUCCCAGUCUGUCGGACACACUAGAACAGGAGACACCCUCACCAUCAGUAAUGUUGCUGAGUCUGACCAUGGUCUCUACUGGUGUCAGGGAGAGAUCCAGUCCAGAUCCAUAUCAUCAAUCAUCAGUGAUCUUGUCACUAUCACCCUGAAUGCUCUGCCUGUGGCCUCAGUGAGUGUCUCUCCUCAGGGUCUCCUCUACUCUGGAGAGACAGUCAGUCUGCAGUGUGUUAUACCAGGCUACACAGACUGGAGGUACCUCUGGUUCAGAGACAACCAACAGCUUCCCAGUCAGACCAGUAAAGCCAUAGAUAUCACCAUCCCCAUCACCCAGACUGGUCAGGCUGGUCAGUACAGAUGUGAGGGGCUGAGGACAGAUCAGCCCCAGAGGUCACAACCUAGUGAUGACAUCAUUAUCAGUGUCACUGCUCUGCCCAAAGCUACACUGACUGUAGAGCCAAACCCUGUGUUUCCUGGAGAGACAGUUACUCUGACAUGUUCAGUAGAGUCUGACAGUAUCUGGAGCUAUCAGUGGUACAAAGACAGGAAUUAUAGUGUAGUUACCCAGUCUGUCAGACACACUAUAACAGGAGACACCCUCACCAUCAGUAGAGCUGCUGAGUCUGACCAGGGUCUCUACUGGUGUCAGGGAGAGAUCCAGUCCAGAUCCAUAUCAUCAAUCAUCAGUGAUCCUGUCACUAUCACCCUGAAUGCUCUGCCUGUGGCCUCAGUGAGUGUCUCUCCUCGGGGUCUCCUCUACUCUGGAGAGACAGUCAGUCUGCAGUGUGUCAUACCAGGAUACACAGACUGGACAUAUCGCUGGUUCAGAUACAACCAUCACCUUCCCAGUCAGACCAGUAAAGCCAUAGAUAUCACCAUCCCCAUCACUCUUACUGUUCAGCUUGGUCAGUACAGAUGUGAGGGGCUGAGGACAGAUCGGCCCCAGAGGUCACAACCCAGUAAUGUCGUCACCAUCAGUGUCACUGCUCUGCCCACGGCCUCAGUGAAGAUAGUCACUCCACAGGGUCUCCUCUACCCUGGAGAGACAGUCACUCUGCAGUGUGACAUAUCAGACUACACAGACUGGACAUAUCGCUGGUUCAGAUACAAUAAAAAGCUUCUCAUUCACUCCAGAAAAACCAUCACCAUCUCUCUCCCUGACCAGGCUGGUCAGUACCAGUGUGUUGGGAUGAGGAAAGGUCGGCCCCAGAAGUCAUAUCACAGCUCAGCUCUCCCCAUCAUCAUCACUGACUAUCAGCCGUCGACUACACUGACUUCAGACAAAGAAGACGUAUUCACAGGAGACAGAGUGACACUGAACUGUACUGUAGAGUCUCCUGGAUGGAAGUUUUACUGGUACAGACACACACCAGACUCUACACCAGUAACCACAACCUAUGGAAACUCCUACACACUCAGCUGGGUCAGUGUCUCUGAUGGAGGACAGUACUGGUGCAGAGCUGGGAGAGGAGACCCAGUCUACUACACCCUGUACAGUGACCCAGUCCAGAUAAACAUUACUGAGAGGCCUGUUGCUGUUCUGACCCUCCAACCCAACUGGACCCAGAUAUUCAUUGGAGAGACUGUCACUAUGAGAUGUGACAUACAGGGAGGAGGAGACUCUGACUGGAACUACAGAUGGUAUAAGAAUAGUCCGGUAGUGAUCCCCUUUAACAUAAAGCCUGAGUACAGAAUCAGUCCUGUCUACAUGUCUAACAGUGGUUCAUAUACCUGUGAGGGUGUAAAGGGAAACAAGUUCUGCAAGACCAGUGAGGCUGUAAAACUGACCGUGUCUGAUCAACCUCAACCUGUCCUGAGAAUCUCUCCUCAGUGGCUGAACCCUGGAGACUCAGUGACUCUGAGCUGUGAGGUUGACAAGACGUCUACAGACUGGAGCUUCUCCUGGUACAGGACUGUUCCCUACAGAGCUGGGUUACCCUCCCUAUCAGACAAGUCUUACUCUCUACAGCCCCUAUCUGGCAAUGUGACUACUGAAGACUCCUACACUCUGAUCCCUGCUGGUCCUACUCACACAGGAGGAUAUGUGUGUAGAGCUGGGAGAGGAGACCCAGUCUAUGACACACUCUACAGUGAACCUCAGUUUCUCUGGUCAGGAGAUCUGCAGCCUUCAGCGUCUCUUACAGUAAAUCCCAACAGAACUCAACACUUUACAUCAAAGUCUCUCUCACUUAUCUGUGAGCUGAAGGGGAACUCUACUGGAUGGAGACUGAAGAGACACACAGAGACAGCAUGGUCGUCAGAGUGUCCAUCUACCUGGAGAUCAAUAACAGAAUCCACCUGCACCAUCACAUCAUUGGACACAUGGUACAGUGGAGUGUUCUGGUGUGAGUCUGGAUCAGGAGAGAACAGUAAUGCUGUCAACAUCACAGUAAAUGAUGGUGAUGUGAUCCUGGAAAGUCCUGUCCAUCCUGUGACUGAAGGAGACUCUGUGACUCUGACCUGUACAUUUAGACAUCAGGGAACAAAUUCUAAACCCAAGACUGAUUUCUACAAAGAUGGAACACUCAUCAAGAAUGAGACCACAGGAGAGAUGACCAUCCCUGCAGUAUCCAAGUCAGAUGAAGGAUUCUAUAAGUGUAAAUCUGAUGAAGGAGAAUCACCAGAGAGCUGGGUGACAAUGAGAGGUGUUUUUCUAGUCCCUCCAGGUUCCGUUGUCUCCAUCUCUCUGACCAGGCUGCUGUGUGGUCUACUGGUGAUGUCUCCCUUUCUACUGGUGUCCAUUGUGCUGAUGGUGAAAUGCUGCAGGGCUCGAGACCAGAUACCAUGUGAUGAUGUCAUCGAACAGAACGAAUCAUCAGUGUGAUCAUUACAGCAUGAACUGUAAGCUGAACAACCACUUUUAUGAUUGUAAAGUUUUUACCAUUGAUAUAGGAUAGUGUUUACUGAGUUUAAUAUCACUGAAUGGAAUUUCACAAAUGCUGAAUGUUAUGAUUUUGUAAGUUGACGUUUUCAGCUUUUGGUGGAUUGUAAGCUUUCCUUUGUUAUUGUUGAUUGAUGUAGAUUUUUUUUAUAUUACACUUAUCUGUCUUUAUUUCAGUUUGCUAAUUAAACAAGAGUGUAGUGCAUUUUUUAAAAUUAAAAGUCAAAUUUGUUGUAGUUUUUUAAAUAUGUUGUAUUUGAAAUACCAUCAUGCUUUUUACAUACAGGUGGAUAUAUACAGUACAUGAAUCUUUUCUGUUUUUUAUUCUAAUUUUAAAUACUAAAGAUGCGUUUAUACCUGGUUGGUCGACCUACUAUAACAGUUAAGAUAGAACACGUAGCUAUAGUUUGUUAUUAAAAAUGUAUAUUUACACAAUGCAGCUUUUAUACUUAUUAUUAUAUAAAAGGUAGACUCAGCGAAAUUACGUUGCCAAGAGUAUCACUGCAGAUAUUGAGAUGAGCGAGAUGCAAGACUUCAUUCUCACACAGCCACAGACAGUAUCUGCACAUAUGCACGGGUUCACUUCACGUUCACAGUCUGGAAGUCACAGGACCAAAACAGGGAAGUUGAGUCUCAUGCUUCAACGUUCUUAGUUGUUGUGGAAAUUGAACCACUAUGCAGUUUACUUUCUACAUCUAUGUCAAAUCGCUGAAUCUACCUUUAAACUCCACAAACUUUUGACUUAUAUUCGUUUUCAAAUACUGUCUAAGUAUUUUGUAAAAAAAUAAAAUAAACUUUUACAGCAGAUA